GCCGCAGGGCUCCACGUCUUUUCCGACCACACGGAGACCUGGGGCAGCGGGUCGCGUCGGCCGGGCAUGGCGGCAUGGUGCCCGGUGGUGUCAGUGCCUCUGCUCCGCGGGAGCCGCGGGGUGAGCGGCGGGGUCCGGGUCUGUUUUCCGCGGGAGCGCUGCAGGGGGACCUGGGGCCGGCGGCUGUCGGGGCGGGAGGACGCGGCCCGGGAGGACGCGGGCAGGACCGGGGCCGCCGAGUCCCGUUCUCCCAUUCAUUCAUCGCUUCCGUCCUCCCUUGGCCGCCGCGGGCGAGGCUGUGGAGCCAUGUAUGAAAUUAAGAUCGAAUCUGAAGAAUUUAAGGAGAAGAGGACUGUCCAGCAGCACCAGAUGGUUAAUCAGGCAUUAAAAGAAGAAAUCAAAGGGAUGCAUGGCCUGCGGAUAUUUACCUCCAUCCCCAAAUGCUGACCACGCCCUGCCUGCGUAGAUGCUGCUGCCUGGAGCCCCGGCCGCGCCGCACUGACAGCGUUCUUUCUGAGGCAUUUGCCAAAACAAAUGAUCU